AUGGAUCCCAAAGGCAACAACUUGAAUCAAGAACUCUUCUGCAGAGGCCUCAAGUCGGACAGUCAAAUGUGUGACUGUGAGGAGUUUUUCCCUCGCACACAGGAUGAAGGCCAUUGCGCAGAGUGUGGCCAUGGUCGCAGUAAGCACCCCCGCAAAGCUUCAACAAGUCGUGAACCAGUACUGGAAGUUCAAGAGGAUGCUGAUGAAAAACCUCAUCCAAGUUCUGCAGUCGCUAUCAAGGAUAUUUUCACUCGAAUCACUGGUGGAAAAACCAUCAAUGACAACCUGAAGCUUGCCACUACAGGCAAGCAAGGAAGCCUAGUACCGCUCACCAGUGCUCGAGAGGAAGCGUUAUCAACUCUGACAUCAACUCGGCUUGCCGGUUAUCAUAAGCUGGCCAAGGGCCCAGUACCGUCGGCAGGCUCGCGAAAGGAUCGUAAGGAAAUCACCAGCUCACAAAUGGUUGGAAGCCAAGCGCGCAGGAACACCUCUUCUAGUGUCUCAAUGUCGGGGAACACAUUUCGUGUUGCAUCAGUGGCCAUGUUGACUUGCGGUGUUGAUAGGAACGGUCUUAUCAGAGUAUCCAAAGUCCCGAGCAAGAACGGCCAAAAUGAGAUCCAGGCGAUGAAAAACCGUGGCUGUUACCUUGAACAGCAGUUCGUCAUCGAAUGUGGAUGGACUUAUCGCAAGGUCACCAGUCAGUUACGAAGUUGGUUUCCUAAAGUCUUUGAUUACCUCGACGGUCAAGUCGAGAAGCGACAAUCAGCUACGUUACGUGAAGAGAAGCCAAUUUGGCGGCUCCUCAACAAGUGCGGACAAACGCUAACAGUCGUUGAUAUCGGGGUUUCCAGCUGGGAGUGA